CUAGCUCUAAUUUAGCACGAGAAAGCGCACCUGGGAGGAGAAAGAAGCAGGUUCCAUAUUCCUCUGAUGUUGGAUGAUGAUAGGAUAGAGAUUCUUUUCAACUUGAAACAAACUAUUCUUGCCGACCUUACAUAUCAUCCGCAAGCCCAAGCCUCCUGCGUGCUCUUGAUUUUCACGAGGGGACAAUGGCCAAGGCGAUGCCAGACCAGAAAGCCGGAGAAGCGGCGACGGCGGCAGCGAAUCCGCUCGAGUUCCAUGUGUACGGCCCCCGCAACCUGCCCUGCACCAACUGGAGAGAUCUCCUGAACUCAAGCUGGAAGAACCCCAGCUACCGGCGGAUGGUGAUCGCUUGCUUCAUCCAGGGGGCGUACCUGCUGGAGCUGGACCGGCAGGAGAAGCGCGACGAGCGCACCGGCCUCGCGUCGCAGUGGUGGCGGCCGUUCAAGUACAGGCUCCUUCAACCGCUCGUCGACGAGCGCGACGGCUCCAUGUACGGCGCCGUCCUCGAGUGGGACCACCAGGCCGCGCUGUCGGACUACAUCCCGUUCCGCCCCACCCGCGCGCCGGCCGCCGUCGUGGCGCUGCGCGGCACGCUGCUCAGGGCGCCCACGUUCCGCCGCGACGUCGUGGACGACCUCCGGUGCCUGGCCUGGGACAGCCUCAAGGGCUCCGUCCGCUUUCCCGGCGCGCUGGCGGCGCUGCGGGACGUCGCGCGCAGGUUCGGCGCCGGCAACGUGUGCGUGGGCGGGCACUCGCUGGGCGCCGGGUUCGCGCUGCAGGUCGGCAAGGCGCUGGCCAAGGAGGGCGUCAACGUGGAGUGCCACGUCUUCAACCCGCCGUCCGUUUCGCUGGCCAUGAGCCUCAGGGUCUUAGGCGAGACGGCCGGCGAGCUGUGGGGCCGUGCGCGUGCAUGGAUCCCCUUCGUGGGCUCCCAGCCGGCACCCGACACGAGCGGCGGCAACAGCGAGAGCGAGGCGAUGGCGUCGCUAGCACAAGCCGGGAUGGCAAGAUGGAUCCCUUACCUGUACAUCAACACGAACGACUACAUCUGCUGCCACUACACCAGCGAUGCGGCAGGCGGUACGGCGGCCGUGGCGGUCGACAACCGCGGCAGGGCCGGCAAUGGCACCGGCAAGGCCGGGGUGGCGACGAUGGUGAUGGUGUCCAAGGGGCCGACCAAAUUCCUCGCCGCGCACGGGCUGGAGCAGUGGUGGGCGGACGAUGUCGAGCUGCAGGUUGUCCUCAACGACAGCAAGCUCAUAGGGCGCCAACUCAGGUCGCUCUACGCCGCGCAGGUCGCAGGGAGAUAGGUUCGACCCGAGAGCGAAAAGGUACUUCGAAUUUUACCCCCAAAAAAGGUGAAAAUAUGCACAUGUAUAAGUAUUCUCUGCGCGUACCGAAAUUUGUAAGGACCAACAAAAAUGUGCACACAUUUUUUACCACCCUUCAAGCAGUGGUGAAGGACGGAAAAAACCUGAGGUAGGGCAAACUAAAAAAAAUGGUGUAAAUACCAAAAUAUUCGUAAGACAUGAACGCCAUCUUGCUUGCCUCGGCACUACGCUUGGCGAGGUGGGGAUGCGCGGCUGCCGGUUAAAACUGUGCUCCGACUCCGGUCUUGACGGGCGAUGGCGGCGCUACACGUCCAACCUUCUUGGAGGCAUUGUUGGCGCAGCCUGCAUCUACACACUCAUGCUGCUCCGGGGAAACCCUAGAUCUGGGUCUCCCGGCGAUGGCGGCGCGUCCUGCAUCGUUCUACCUCUUGGGGCAUCAUUUUUUGAGCAGCCGCUGGAUGAUGGCGGAUGUUGGUGGAGUGGUAUUCAUCUACCACAUUGUUGGCGUUGAGUCUCGGUGGCAUGGUGCUGCAGGGUAUCGACGACGGAUGCGGGAUGAUGUAUGCGUGCAGGAUGGUGGAGCCGUCUGGCGUCAUGGUGGCAUCGACGGCAGAUCUUGCAAGGUUAAUGCGACGAUCUCUCUUCAAGAUGGAGUUGAGGAAAGCGGCGGUAGCAACUUCUGUGACGUAUGCGUUGGCGUGCGCGGAGAGUCUGCUUGACUAGAUGUGCUUCUCACCUGCUAUUGGGCGGUUUAGGAAGGCAUUUGGUUUUGGGAUCAUGUGAGUUGGUGUAUUGUCACCCCCUUCAUCCGUCUGUAGGUCUAGUGAGGUGGCUUCGAGGUUGAUCUUUUGUAUUAUUCUUGUAAGGUUUGUGAAUAAUCUAAUAAAAAGCCGUGUGUAUCCUUUGGAUGUAGAAGCAUGGGCGAUAUUUUCCUCA